AUGGAUCAGACCAUGGCGCCAUCAGCUCACGGCCUCGCCGCGAUCCCCACUCCCGAAAUCGUCUUCGAAGUGUUGCCUCCCGCGGACGGAAAAGCGCUUCUAAUUCUGCUAUUUCUAUUCAACAUAGCCAUCGGAGCGCUCAUCUUGCAGUUCAUCACGCACGUGCAGUACGACAUCGAAUUGCUCUGCAAGCCCGGCUGGAUGCAAUUUGGUAAGCUCUGCUCGCGAGCAACUUACUUUGGUUGCCGCAUCUUUUCAAUCAUUGCCGUAGUCUUGUAUAUUGUCCUCUUCUCUCUCAAGAACCUCGACUGCUCCAGCAUUACGAACGCGACAAACGCUUUCUUCCUGCUCGCCCUCAACGCAUCUGUACUGAUAUUUCUGCAAAGGACUAUGGCGCUGUACGCGUGGAACCGCUUCGUCGUGGUCCCGCUCACGCUGUGGUUCCUUGCCGUGCUCAGUCUCUCGCUCUUCAUCAUUCCGAUCAACUCAGUCGGCUUCAAGAUCCCUGGCACAAGCUUCUGCGGCUACGAGGCGAAGCCGAAUAAGCCUUACGCCCGCGCCGUCGUUAUCGCUUACAGAAGUGUCAGUCUGGGUCUGGAUCUCUCCCUGCUUCUGCUGAGCCUGCAUCGUCUGCUAGAAGGAGGUCUGCUGUCGCUCUUCCGUACCACGCAGCGGCCACGAACAGGGCUGCGGGGACAGGGUAUCGCAAGCGUGCUGAUCCGCCAGGGAUUCCACUACUUCAUACUGCAGGUCCUCAACGAAAUACUGAUUCUAUCUGCAUGGCUUAGCUCCUCAGCCGCCUAUUCGGGGAUUGGCGCGCCGUUUGCUUUGGCUGUCACUCCCAUCGCAGCGGCACAUGCAUUCAGAGACGCUGGCAGGAAGGCCUCGGCGGCGGCGUCCGGAAAGCAAACGAACCAUGCCAACGAGAUCAUGGAUCCGAUGCCGAUGCCGUCUGGCGAUCGUAUCGGCGCCCGCACAACAGCUCAUGCCAGCGCUAUCAUAACGCCACACCCUGGCAGAACCAACCGUAUCAUGUGGGGCAGCAAGCUCGACCCCUUCAGCCGCUCGCAGCACGAUCCCUUUAAUCUCGAGCAUCACAACAUGGUAGUAACCCAAGUCACUCGAGUCGAUCAUGACGAUGCUGGAUGGAGCCCUAGUGCCGCUCGUACUUCGUCAGAGAUCGAUUCGGACGAGCGAGGACAGAACAAGCCACAGCCUCAAUGA